CGAAAUAAUACGUAAAUAAUAACGUAAGUUUACAAUGAGUUAGCGAAUAAGAUAAGCAAGUUGUAUUUAAAUGAAAUUGUUAUAAUAAAAAAACAAAUGAAACAGAGUUUUCCUCAAAAUAUACGUUCUGUUUAAAAAAAUUCAUUAUGAGAAUAAAAUUCACUUAAGUAUUCAUAGCGAUAGAAUUAAAGAAAAAAAACAAGAGGCUGUAUUGUAGGUAGCCAGACAUAAUUGAAGGAGAAAGAAGCCAAGACUUGUAAGCCAGUGAAAAAAUGGGCGUAUAUUUUUUCCAGUCUAUGUCUAAGAGGUUGACUGAAGGACAAAAGAAACCAAAUCACUAACAUGCUGUCUUUAGCGGACCUAGCUGGGAAGCGAUCAGAGAUAGGUUAUGAUAAAGGGGUUCACAAUAAAUAUGUUUCAAAAUGAUACAGUCAUGUCGUGACUGCGGCGGCUGGAAGUCACACGUUGAAAAAAGAGUAUGCCGGUGCAGGAAUAUACGAGUACAGUGAAAGUUUUGUAAUACUAGUGAUGUUGUCGAAUGGUUGUAAUGGAGAAAUAAAUCAAAUCCCAACGUGGCGCGACCAUGAAUGUCAGCUAAUUGAGGGAAUUAUGAUAAAAUAUAAUUGAGAACAUUUUUGAAUUUUACGGGCCAGUGACGUAAACCGGUACCGAAGAAAGAACUUGCAUGAUUAGUAUAAUAAAACCAUUUAUUUAUUUCAUUCGACUAAAACUGCAAUUUUGUAAAAGAAUAUUAAUUAUAAACUAGCUUCCGGCCGCGACUCCGUCCGCGCGGAUGUCGGUUUUCGCGUGGAUGGUUUAUUUCUCCAUUUUGAGUAACUCUGAGAAUGAUAUCUUAUUAAUAUCUAUUAGACCCAAAUACGGCUAGGCCUAUAAUAAUUAAGGAGAAUCCUCUAUUGAGCUACUGCUGUUGAGCUCGCGUUCUGUGGAUCGGUGCUUGGUUCUCGGGGUUAAUUACAUAUUUGUAUGAUUUAGAUUUCAUAUUACGGGAUGGUCAAAUUUUGGGCGAAGACCGAGGUGCUGUCAUAGUAGCAAACCACCAAAGCUCCUUUGACGCUAUUGGUAUGUUCCGGCAUUGGAACGUAGCUCAAAACAUGACAGUGGUAGUAAAGAAAGAGUUGUACUAUUUCUGGCCCUUCGGCCUGGCUGCCAGCUUGGCGGGGGUCGUUUUCAUUGACAGGUCACAACCUAAAGCCGCCUACAAAUCCAUGAAAACUACUAUGCACGUUAUGCAGGAUAACAAGACAAAAAUAUGGGUAUUUCCUGAAGGCACUAGAAAUAAGAAGAUCAAUCAGUUUUUACCGUUCAAAAAAGGUGCAUUUGCUAUAGCCGUCGCCGCACAAGUACCCAUCAUACCAGUCGUGUAUUCACCUUACUACUUCAUAAACGACAAUAAGUACAUUUUUGCCAAAGGUCAUAUCAUAAUGCAAUGCCUUGAACCGGUGUCCACAAAAGGAUUAACUGAAAAUGAUAUUCCCGCCCUCAUUGAGAUUGUUAGAGAGAAAAUGUUCACCACUUUCAAGGAACUGAGAAAAGAAGUAUUGAAUAGCUUACCAGUAGAUUAUCCAUAUUCAAUAGAGUGUUAAUAUAAUAUUAUAUAUAAGUACAUACGUAGAAAACAUGAGUAUAAGAGAUCGAAUAGAAAAUUGAUAUAUUUAAAUCAAGCCAAUGCUAGGAAGCUAGGAUACAAACCAAAGUCUGAGAGAAACUCAUGGUGUGGUGAGAAUUGUUAGAUAAAAUGCUAAUUAGAGUAAAAUAUAAAAACGAGCCAGUAAUUU